AUGCUGAAGAAAUUCGACAAGAAAGACGAGGAAUCGGGUGGAGGUUCCAACCCAUUCCAGCACCUUGAGAAGAGUGCGGUACUCCAAGAGGCCCGUGUAUUUAAUGAAACUCCCAUCAACCCUCGGAAAUGUGCCCACAUUCUCACCAAGAUCCUUUACCUCAUAAACCAGGGGGAGCACCUGGGGACCACUGAAGCAACUGAGGCCUUUUUUGCCAUGACCAAGCUCUUUCAGUCCAACGAUCCCACCCUUCGUCGAAUGUGCUACUUGACCAUAAAGGAGAUGUCUAGCAUUGCAGAGGAUGUCAUCAUCGUCACCAGCAGCCUGACAAAGGACAUGACUGGGAAAGAAGACAACUACCGUGGUCCAGCCGUGCGAGCCCUCUGCCAGAUCACUGACAGCACCAUGCUGCAGGCUAUCGAGCGCUACAUGAAACAGGCCAUCGUGGACAAGGUGCCCAGUGUCUCCAGCUCUGCCCUAGUGUCUUCUCUGCACCUGCUGAAGUGCAGCUUUGACGUGGUCAAGCGCUGGGUGAAUGAGGCCCAGGAGGCGGCAUCAAGUGAUAACAUCAUGGUCCAGUACCAUGCACUGGGGCUCCUAUACCAUGUACGUAAGAAUGACCGCCUGGCUGUCAGUAAAAUGAUUAGCAAGUUCACGCGGCACGGCCUCAAGUCUCCCUUUGCCUACUGCAUGAUGAUCCGGGUGGCCAGCAAGCAGCUGGAGGAGGAGGACAGCAGCCGUGACAGCCCACUGUUUGACUUCAUCGAGAGCUGCUUACGCAACAAGCAUGAGAUGGUGGUCUACGAGGCCGCCUCCGCCAUUGUCAAUCUGCCAGGCUGCAGUGCCAAAGAGCUGGCCCCAGCUGUGUCAGUGCUCCAGCUCUUCUGCAGCUCACCCAAGGCCGCUCUCCGCUAUGCUGCUGUCCGUACCCUCAAUAAGGUUGCCAUGAAGCAUCCAUCAGCAGUGACAGCCUGUAAUCUAGACCUAGAGAACCUUGUCACAGAUUCGAAUCGCAGCAUUGCUACACUAGCCAUCACCACUCUGCUCAAGACUGGCAGCGAGAGCAGCAUUGACCGCCUCAUGAAGCAGAUCUCCUCUUUCAUGUCAGAGAUCUCAGAUGAAUUCAAGGUGGUAGUUGUCCAGGCCAUCAGUGCCCUGUGUCAGAAGUAUCCUCGCAAGCAUGCUGUCCUCAUGAACUUCCUGUUUUCCAUGCUGCGUGAAGAGGGUGGCUUUGAGUAUAAGCGGGCCAUUGUGGACUGCAUCAUCAGCAUCAUUGAGGAGAACUCAGAGAGCAAGGAGACAGGACUGUCACACCUGUGCGAAUUCAUCGAGGACUGCGAAUUCACUGUUUUGGCCACCCGCAUCCUGCAUCUCCUGGGCCAGGAGGGGCCCAAGACCAACAACCCCUCCAAGUACAUUCGCUUUAUUUAUAACCGAGUGGUCCUGGAGCAUGAGGAGGUCCGGGCAGGUGCUGUGAGUGCUCUGGCCAAGUUUGGAGCCCAGAACGAAGAGAUGUUACCCAGUAUCUUGGUGUUGCUGAAGAGGUGUGUGAUGGAUGAUGACAAUGAAGUCAGGGACCGAGCCACCUUCUAUCUCAAUGUCCUGGAGCAGAAGCAGAAGGCCCUCAAUGCAAGCUACAUCCUAAAUGGUUUGACCGUGUCCAUCCCUGGUUUGGAGAGGGCUCUACAGCAGUAUACUCUAGAACCAUCAGAAAAACCUUUUGACCUCAAGUCUGUGCCCCUGGCCACCGCACCCAUGGCAGAGCAAAGAACAGAAAGCACCCCCAUCACAGCAGCUAAGCAGCCUGAGAAAGUGGCAGCCACCCGGCUGGAGAUCUUCCAGGAGCAGUUGGCAGCAGUGCCAGAAUUCCAGGGGCUGGGGCCCCUCUUCAAGUCCUCGCCUGAGCCUGUGGCCCUCACCGAGUCCGAGACAGAAUAUGUCAUCCACUGCACCAAGCACACCUUCACCAACCACAUGGUGUUCCAGUUUGACUGCACAAACACACUCAAUGACCAGACCUUGGAGAAUGUCACAGUGCAGAUGGAGCCCACUGAGGGCUAUGAGGUGCUGUGUUAUGUGCCUGCCGGGAGCCUACCCUACAAUCAGCCUGGGACCUGCUACACGCUGGUGGCACUACCCAAGGAAGACCCCACAGCUGUGGCCUGCACAUUCAGCUGCAUGAUGAAGUUCACUGUAAAGGACUGCGAUCCCACCACUGGGGAGACAGACGAUGAAGGCUAUGAAGAUGAAUAUGUGCUGGAAGAUCUGGAAGUCACUAUAGCUGAUCACAUCCAAAAGGUCAUGAAGCUGAACUUUGAAGCAGCCUGGGAUGAGGUAGGGGAUGAGUUUGAGAAGGAGGAAACAUUCACCUUGUCUACCACCAAGACACUUGAAGAGGCUGUGGGAAAUAUUGUGAAAUUCCUGGGAAUGCACCCUUGUGAGAGGUCAGACAAAGUGCCGGAUAACAAGAACACCCACACAUUACUCCUGGCCGGUGUGUUCCGGGGUGGACAUGACAUCCUUGUGCGCUCCCGGCUGCUGCUUUUGGACACGGUAACAAUGCAGGUGACAGCCAGAAGUUCCGAGGAGCUGCCAGUAGACAUCAUCUUGGCAUCUGUUGGCUGA